CUUUAUAUACAUAGUGACUAAAUUCCCAUAGUGGUCCUCCAGAUUUAGUCUGUGCAUCGAUUUAGUUCCUGAGAUUCUAAUUGCACUAUUUAUAUCCUCCAGAUUGCGAUCCGGACACCAUAAUAGUCCUUCGGUGAAUUUCCGGCGUGAUUCAGCGACGGCCAUGCUUAUGUGGCACAGCCACUGCCAUGUUGGACGUCAGAGUGUACAGAUGACGUGGAUUGUGUUGUAAAAUUUUUCAAUAUAGUCCCUAUCUUCAUGUUUAAACCCUAAAACUUCGUUGGCCUCCCCUCAAAGUGGUUCUCUCCAUCAAGGUCUCCUUUUGCAUCUGUUGUGUACACCAAUAGCUGUACCUCAUGAAAAAAACUGGGAGCCAUGUUGUAGGAAGUUCGAACCGGUCAUCGUUGAUGAAAUGAUGAAGCAAAAUACAACUUUUUGCAAGACCCAACAUUCACUAUUCACUCCACUUCAUAGCUUAAGAAAAAGGAGGCACCUUCUCUUCCUUCUAGGGUUCAAGGAUUGGGGAUGGGUGGUGGGUUACCCGAAUUGAAAAAUAAGAAAAGGGGGAAACAGAAGGCUCCCAAAGAUGCCCACGUCAGUGAGGCACUCGGCAAGCUGAGGGAGCAGACCAGGGAGGCUGUCAAGGGUCUCGAAUUCAUGGCUCCGUCGUCGGCCGAUGAUUUCGGUAAAGAUGCCAUGAUGGAGGAUUGGGUCAAGCAUUUUGAGGACCUUGCUGGCUCUCAGUUUGAGUAAAAUGGUUGAGUUCAUGAAGUUGUGAAAUGAGUAAGAGAGUCAUGGAUUUUACAGGUAGCUUGUGUUUUGCUUUUUUUUUAUAGUGUCUUCUGUAAGCAUUAAGCUUAUCAUUGGGGCAUAUAAUUUUACCAUAAUUUUUUAGCCAUGGCUCUCCGUUCCUCUCAUGGGGGACAGCUAUUGGUGUACACAACAGAUGCAGAAAGAGACGUUGAUGGAGAGAACCACGUUGAGGGGAGGCCAACGAAAUUUUAGGGCUUAAACAUGAAGACAGGAACUACAUUGAGAAAUUUUACAAUACAAUCCACGUCAUAUGCAUACUCUGACGUCCAACGUGGCAGUAGCUGUGCCACAUAAGCAUGACCGUCGCUGAGUCACGCCGAAAAUUCAUCGAAGGAUCAUUAUGGUGCCCGGAUCGCAAUCUGGAGGACAUAAAUAAUGCAAUUGGAAAUUCAUGGGCUAAAUCGGUACACGGACUGAAUCUGGAGGACCAUUAUGAGAAUUUAGUCUGUUAAAUGAUAGUACAGAUAAAUUAUUUUAAUAAAACAUAUAAUUUUUAUAUAUUAAUGUAUGGGAAAAAAAACUAAAACGAUAAAACCUUCUAUUUUUAUUAUCUUA